AUGGCCGUCUCUCGUGUUAUGCCAGCCGUGCUUGGCCUUGCCGCUCUCCUGGCGACUGCGGCCAUUUUUGCGCUGGAUGUGGUCCUUGCUCACGGCCUCUCGACGUCGACUUCGCCCGUGAGAAUAGCGGCAGCUGUUGCAUCAGCCCUUGAAGCAAUCGUGCUCGCCAUCAUGAUCGUCCUACUUGCCGGCUGUAUUCAAGGGUCAACGUAUCUUGGCGCAAGGCGAUCGAGCGCUCUAUAUUUUCCGGCGACGCUUGUCGCAAGCCUGCUGGCUUCGACGGUGUCUGUCGCCGAGCUGGUCUUGAUGGGCAAGACGGCGAACCUGCCCGAGACGAUUCUCCAAGUGCCUUCGACAAGAUUUCUGGUUGGAGCGUCCGUCGCCCUUGGUUUCGCAUCCGCAGGUCAACUCGUCUUCAUCGUGGUCAUGUUCGUACUGCAUCGAUUGUCCGACCCCGACCAGGCGCUGUCCCUACAUACCACCGAAGAGGGUCAUCGCUCUUCUCCAUUGCAAAAACGGGUCAAGUCUAUUCCGUACUCUCAGACACGAACCGCCGUCUUUAAGCCGUCAAAAUCUUAUGAUGGAGGAUCGGCAGGGUAUCCUACUCCACCAGGUUCCAGCAGUGGACGUUCGGCGGCCGAGACCGUGAGCUCCAUCCGCAGCUCUCUGUCCCAUGCCAUGCGCCCGAUGGGCUCCAGGACAGGACUUCUUUCAAACGGCGCCAGGACUGGAAGACGACCUCCGUCAAUCGACCCGAGUCUAUACUCGCAACGGACGAAUCCGACGGAGGAGAGCUUCGAUUCUUGGGACACGUCAUCGCUUGAGCCUCAUCACCGUCAGAUGGUUCUAGACUCUUCUCCACAGCCGUCCCGGUUUCUGGAGACUAUCCCGGCCAGCCCGGCGACCAGCAGAAGUCCCAGCCCCGGCUGCCCGCUCGAUCUCGAAGAACCGAAGCGUUAUCGAAGCCGGAGUUUCAGCCCCGUCCCUAGACCUCAAGUAGAGCGUACCUUGACGCCCCAGUCGUCCACCGACGAGCUGCACAUCCACCCGCUCUUCCGAUCAGACUCGCCCGUACCCCCGCCUGCCUCGUCGCCCGGUACCAUUGUGGUUGCGUCGCCCAACGCUGGGCAGAUCAUCCCGGGGAAGUCCGUGAAGCGGAUGCGCAGCGACAGUCUACCCGCGUCCAGAAGUCCCCUCAGUCGGCAAGGGAGCCGCGACAGCAGCCUGACGACGCCACGUCCCAGUGAGGAUGGGCACCUCCGGAUAGAGGAGGUGGAGGAGAGGAAGAUGACACCGCCAAUCCCCGACUGGAUCCUGAGCGCCGGAUCGCGGACGAGUCUUACCGAGUACCAACUCAGAAAACAACGGGAUCGGGACGCUACUCCUUCGGAUACCGGAAGUCCACUUGGAUGA